AUGUCGAAGCUACUGCUGCUAGUGGAUUCAACAACCAAAAAAAUCAAUGAUUACGAGAGAUUAAUUGAGUUUGGAAACUCCCCAGAUGAAGAGAUCGAUGCCUCUUUACAAGACAUCAACAAACAAUUACAACAUUUAAGUCAAGAACAAACAAGGUUAGAACAGAAUGCUCAAAUUCCUGAAUACAGACUUCGAGAGUCUGAAGCUUUUCUGAUUCGUAUCCAGCGGCGGGUUGAGUCGGCAGAGGAAAUGUUGCUCAAAAAACGGAAUGCUGCUUCCCAAGGUCCAAAAAUUCAAUCUUCCUACGCAUCCAAACAGGCUGGUACUGCUCCAUUGACUUCAGAUAUAACGUCGAACCAUUCAGAUAUUGAAAUGGAAUCCAUUUAUCAAUUCGACGGAAACGAUCCAAAUCCAGUUGAUGUCAACUUACUGUCUCAGAUGCACGAGCAAAUGCUCAAUGAACAAGAAGAGUCGCUAGGUGGAAUUGAGAGUAGCGUUCGAAGACAAAAGCAAUUGGGUUAUUUAAUGAACGAUGAACUGGGAGAACAUAAUGAGCUCAUCGACCAUAUGGGUGAAGAUGCAGAUCGGGUGGACAAACGACUAGGUUUGGCAAGAAAUCGCUUGAAAAAAGUAACCCACAAAGCAAAACAAUAUCCACGUUGUUGUAUUAUUCUUUUCCUUUGUUUCUUGCUCAUUUUGGUUUGUUUUAUUUAA